CAGAUCUUCUACUCCGUACACUCUAGACCAGACAAAUCUCUCAGCAAAGCUCGCACAAAAUCAGCUCCAGAUAAUCCGAUCUACGGAGUAUUGUGACACUCCUCAACUUGUCUGGUACGACGCCCACCCGAGCCUGGAAAUUCUCCGGUAGCACUUGCCGUCAAUCGUCAACAAUAGCGAUUGACUGCCCCGCACCUGCCUCACUUGACAAGGCUGACAUCUCAAAUCGAUCCUGCCUCAUUAAAUAUUGGAUCUUGGAUCUUGGAUCUUGAAUCUUGACACGUCUACCACACCAACACUUGAGCAAAAGCUGCCACAGUCCAGCAUCACAGCCAUGUCAGACUCUCGGCUUUACACCUUCUCGCAAGAGACCAAAGACCAGUUGAGGAAAUUCCGGCUAGGGACCUCUCGAGCAAAGAACCCUCAAGCAAAGAUAUACCAAAUCGACAUCAAAACCCAGGAGAUCAGGCCUUCGUCCGACGAAACCUAUUCUGAUCUGCGAGACCUGGCCGACGAAUUGCCAGACUCCUCCCCUCGUUUCGUCUUACUUAGCUACCCUUUAACUCUGCCUUCUGGCCGCCUCUCCGUCCCAUACGUCCUAAUUUACUAUCUCCCCGUCAACAGCAACCCAAAUUUGCGCAUGAGCUAUGCCGGUGCAGUGGAGCUUUUUCGCGGCACAGCCGAAGUCAAUCGUGUCUUGGAGAUCAGUGAGGCCGAAGAACUCGAAAGCAUCGAGGACAAACUCAAGGGCGAGGACUAGAUGGUAAGAGUGACAUGUAAUUGGGUAUUUGUGAGUUUAUCAUGUCAUGUUUUCGUUGAAACAUUGCAUUGAAGAUCAUUCACAAUCAUGUAUUGUCUUGUUUUGGACUGUUGGUAUUUCCAUUGGUAACGAAUGCAUCUUCAAGCCCUUCCCUUGAACCGGCAAUUACUGUCAGGAAGCACAAAACACUUCUUUGUAGUGUUUGCGAAGACAAUCAAUCUUAUGAGGCGAAUAUAGGCAGCAGUGUCAGCUUACCACAGAUCAUAUCACGUGGAAACAAUGACGCAUGUCCAAAUCAUAUCAUGGCCAUGAAAACUUCCCUGCGUGGGAUGAAUACAUGAUCUACCUGCGCCCCAAUCA